AUGGACUCCUAUAGCAAGUGUUUAACGGCACGGCAAUCUGCCCGAAAACUCUAUGGCACACUUAUCCUAUAUGAUCUUCACGUCCUUGGUCUACCCCAGGCUCUGGGAAAGAAAACGAAGCUUAAGGGAAAGAGCGGGACAAGGCGUGGCCACACAAGUGAGAGAGAUGGACUUCAAGAAGGACGCUCACAGAUCUUCAAGGAAGUUCCAAAGACCAGGUUUGAAAAAAACAUCCAGACUAUUCGCCUCUCAGCAGCCACACCCUGGGCACCCGCGGAGAAGGCCCCAGCCUCCCGCAGGAUGCUACAGUUGCCUAGUGGAAAAUCCAGAGAAAGAGUUUUACUUAAUUUCCACCCCCAAGGAUUUGAAGAGGUUUUGAGAAUUGUGUCUUCAGUUUGGAAGACUGCCUGUGGAUCAAAUGCGAUGCCUGAGAUGAUGGUGAAAAUCACUGGAAGUAAACACUUUCGAUACCUUGUGGAGAAGCCAAAGAUCAAGGAGAAUGAGAACUUGAAGGCAGAAACUCAAACAGUUCUCCAGAAAUCAGUGACUGGUACUGCAAAGCAGAUUAGCAGAGCCCCAGCUUCUACUAAUCCCACAGAUCAUCAAAUCAAUCAUGACCCAGAUGAUGUGGAAAAGAGCAAGCACCCAGAGAAAAACCAGAAACCAGAGGGCAACCAGAAACUCCGAACGGGAGCACUUAGUUGCAGAUUUCUGAAUGGUAGGAUUCCCAACCAGGAAAAUGUCUACUGCAGCUCUGUACCAACUGGAGACCAGUCCCUGUCCUAUAUCCAUGACCUCCCCAGGAGAAACCUUAGAGACUGAUCCUUAGAACAGAUGGCAAGGGACAGCUCUGACCAACCCAAUGAUAUUGGCCAGAGGCCAAGUGGAAAAACAAAAGAAGACACUUUUCUUCUUCUGGUCAGAAGAGAACUCAAGUCAUGCCUUUUGAGUUCUGGCUUAUUAGACAAGCUUCAGAAAGAGCAAGAUCCUGUCUCUUCAGGAUUUCUUCUCCAAUCUCAGCUGAGCCGCCUCUUCUUGAGGCUUGAGGUCCCUCUGCAGUUACCAACAGUCAAGAUCCUUUGCCAGCGAUUUUCUGGAAGGGGAUCUCCUGAAAUGGUGAGUUAUGAAAAGCUACUCUGGUUUUUAAAAGUUGCAGUUUCAGAUGAUCCACAGCAAAACAAAAGAGUUGAGGACAACAAGGUGAAAGAAACUCAGGGUGGUAGCCAUCAAAGUACUGCCCCUCAAGACUCCAACUCCCAGUCAGAAGUGAACCACCACCUGUUGGAGAUCUUGAAGAUGGCACUAAGGGCAACCAAGGGCAAACUCAACAUGGAGAAUCUCAACCUGAGUUUUCGAAAAGAAGAUCGCUCGUUCUCUGGCUACCUGUCCCCACCCAAGGUCAGGGCUAUAUGUGGGAAACAUGGAUUAUAUUUGACUUUGAGCCUUCUGGAAACAUUGCUUAACCAUCAAGAUUUGGGUUAUCAGGACAGAAUAAAAUGGCAGAAUUUUGUUGAGUUGUUGAGCAGAGCUUCAUCUUAUUUGUCAUCUGAUUUGCCUCCCAGAAAGAAAGGAAAGGAAACCUCUGCUACUCCAGUGCAUCCUGAAGUUAAUGAGGUAUCUCAAGGAAAAACUGAACAUAUGAAAACUCCAGAAAAGGAUUUGCAGCCAGAAAACCCUCCUGCUGAGACUUCAGCCCCCAAAGAUCUCCUGAGCGCUUUGAAGAUCAGGCCAGUCUCACAGCCUUUUGUCAGUCCAGUGAUGAAAAACAUGUCUGAAGAAUGUGAGACAUGGAUCGACAGGCUCAGGAAGCUAGAAAAUGCCUUCUACCUCUGUGAUCUGAGUAAUACAGGAGGUCUGGAGAAGGAACGAGCCAGAUGCCUCAUUCACAACUACAAUCUCAUUUACAACCUGUCCCUGAGCCCUCGGAAAAUUGACCAAGCCUUGCGGAGAUUCCAUGCUGGAGAAAAUAUGCUCUUGGAGCCAGCGCUUCAGUACUUAAAGGAGCUAUGA